UAUCUCACAUUAACUUCAUCAAAGUCCAAUCAUGACCAUGCUUCUCGCCUGUUUUCUCUUAUCUCUUUUGCUUUUUCUUAUACCAACCAAAAUCAAGAAAAUUCGGUGUUCAAUAUUAACAAUGUUAAGAGUUGAGGUAACAAAACGAGAGAUAGUAAGCAUGGAGCAACAUUUGCCACGAGAAGUGCUAUCAAACAUCCUCACAAGGUUGCCGGCGAAAGAGUUGGUGAAAUGUAAAUGUGUUUGCAUGUCCUGGUUCCAUCUCUUAACCGAUCCUCAUUUUAUUAAUAAUUACAAUGUUGUCCACAACAAUCUCCUAAGCCAAGAGAAGCAUCUCUUGGUCAUUUGCAGACCCUUUUCUCCGGGCCUCAAAACUUACAUUUCUGUUCUUUCUUGGAACCUCAAUGACCUCAAAAAACAUAUUUUUUCUUAUGUUUUAAACCCUCCUUAUGAAUUCAACUCUAAACACAAAUACUGGACCGAAAUCUUGGGUCCUUGCAAUGGCAUAUACAUGCUAGAGGGCAAUCCUAAUGUCUUGGUCAACCCUUCUCUGAGUCAGUUCAGGGCUUUGCCAGAGUCCCAUUUCGCUGGUCGAUGUAGGACUUACUCUCUCACUGACUAUGCUGGCUUUGGCUUUGACCCCAAAACCAAUGAUUACAAAGUUGUUGUAAUCAAGGACCUUUGGUUGAAGGAAACAGAUGAAAGACAACUUGGGUAUUGGACUUCUGAGUUGUUUAGCCUCAAUUCUAAUUCUUGGAGAAAACAUGAUGCUGCUCUCCCACUUCCGAUUGAAAUUUGGGGAUCUUCCCCGGUUUACACUUAUGUAAACAAUUGUUGUCACUGGUGGGGCUUUGUUGAUGAGUCUGGUAGAAAAGAAGAUGUUGUUCUAGCAUUUGACAUGGUUAAUGAAUCCUUCAGGAAGAUAAAGGUGCCAAGGAUACGUUGUUCACCAAAAGAAGAAUUUGCAACGCUUGCACCCUUUGACGAAUCUGCUACAAUUGGUGUCAUUGUUUAUCCUGUAAGGGGAAAAGAGAAGUCUUUUGACGUGUGGGUAAUGAAAGAUUAUUGGGACGAAGGGUCUUGGGUUAAGCAAUACAGUGUUGAACCUGUAGAAGCAAUUCACAAGCUUGUGGGGUUUUAUGGGAACAAUCAAUUUCUUUGGAGCAGCUUCAAUGAUGGAUUAGUGUGGUAUGACUGUGAAGCUGAGUCAGAAAAAAUAAAGGAUCUGCAGGUUUGUGGAAGGAAUGGGUCGCUAAGAGCUGCUAGAUACAUGGAAAGCCUUGUUUCACUUAAAAGGGGAAAUGAGUUUAGUUGCCAUUUUCUUCAAGUGGGUCGCUUGAUUCCCAACUCUCUGCUAGAUCAAAGGGAAACACCAUAUUUUUCUUCUUUUUAGAUUAAAAGAUUUAGACUUAAAUAUAUUUUUAGUCUCUCAAAUUUAAGAUAAAUUUGA